AUGUACUCCGCCCACCUUCGACGCCAGAUAGGUCGCGCAUCACGAGCAGCAUCAGCUCGCUGGUCAUCCACUUCCACGUCAUCUAGCGCCUCAUCUGCGUUCUGGAGAAAUUUCCGAUUAUUGACUGGUGCUACGACACUCGCUGCCACAUCCUACUAUCUUGGAGCCCUCUAUCCUCCUGAAUUUGUCCACCUGCUGUCGCCACGACCUGCUCCUGCACCCCUGCAUCCCGAAGACCCGGCCGCACUUGCCCACAUUGCCGAGCUCGAGGAAAAACUCAACCAUCUUCCCGUACUCGCAGCACAUCGCGCGCGUCCUGACAAGGCCGAAUGGUACGAGACUCGACCGUACCUCAACUUGCCCGAGGAGCGACGCGUGAACAGCUUAACCGCCGGCACGCUGAAGGGUCCUGGGAAGCUCGCAAUCCCGCCACUAGUCCGGGCGCGACACGAUGCGAAGGAGAACUGGGUUUUCAUCCAUGUUGGGCGUGCGCUGUGUGGGCAUGAGGGCGUGAUCCAUGGAGGAUUGCUUGCGACGCUCCUGGAUGAGACAUUGGCUCGGGUGGCUCUCCUAAAUCUACCCGAGAAGGUCGGCGUGACGGCGAAUUUGAACAUCAACUACAAGGCACCCACACGUGCCGACCAGUUCAUCGUUAUCAAGGUCCGUUUGGAUGAAGCACAGGGGAGGAAGUCUCGGGUGUCGGGUGUCGUGGAGGAUAUGGCAGGUAACGUCCUUGUGGAAGCGAAUGCCCUCUUCAUUCAACCACGGUAUGCGAAGCUGCUUAACUCCACGGCGGUACGACACAUGCUUGGAGAGCCGUCGCACUCCAAGGAGCCCAUUACGCCAGGUGCUGUUGCUCCUGUCCCGGUCAAGCUCCCUGGCGGCGCAGAGAUUCUCGUUGACACGAAAUCAUGAGUCGGCUCUCACCAGUGGGAUGGAAUGGUGUUUAUCACGGGAUGUCGUUCGUGCUGUCUUUGGGAUAUAGAUGCUGGUAUCUUCUAUCGCUUUUUUUCUUGGC